AUUAAGAUGCUGCCUACACCAUCCAAAUUUCAUUAUAUCUUCAACCUGCGAGAUCUUUCCAGAAUUUGGCAAGGCAUGUUAACAAUUAAAUCAGAAGAAUGUACUGAUGUUAAUAUACUUCUGGCUCUAUUUAAACAUGAAUGUACGCGUGUAAUUGCUGACAGAUUUAUCACCGAAGAGGAUGAAGAAUGGUUUGAUAGAAAUUUUAGUAGAGUAAUUGAAGAACAUGUGGAUUCAAACUUAGUAGCACGAAUUCAGGCUGAACCCUAUUUUGUAGAUUUUUUGCGGGAUAUGCCUGAACCAACGGGUGAAGAACCCGAAGAUUUUGUGUUUGAAGCACCAAAAAUUUAUGAAUUGGUUCCAUCUUUAGAAUUUUUAUCUGACAAAUUACAGUUCUACCAAAGACAAUAUAAUGAAAAUGUUCGAGGUGGAAUCCUAGAUCUGGUGUUUUUCAAAGAUGCUAUAACACAUCUUGUUAAGAUUUCACGAAUAAUUCGGACAGCAUGUGGAAAUGCUUUACUUGUAGGAGUUGGUGGUUCUGGAAAACAGAGUCUUUCGAGGCUUGCCUCUUUUAUAGCUGGAUACAAAAUAUUUCAGAUAACUUUAACAAGGUCCUACAAUGUGACCAAUCUAACAGAUGACCUAAAGAACUUAUACAGAGUUGCUGGUGCUGAAGGAAAAGGAAUCACAUUCAUUUUCACAGAUAAUGAAAUAAAAGAUGAGGCAUUUCUUGAAUAUCUUAAUAAUCUGCUUUCUUCUGGAGAGAUCUCCAAUUUAUUUCCUCGAGAUGAAAUUGAUGAAAUUACUCAAGGACUUAUAUCUGUAAUGAAAAAAGAGCUGCCACGAGUUCCUCCGACUUUUGAUAAUCUUUAUGAGUAUUUUAUAUCACGGUCAAAGAAAAACCUCCAUGUUGUCCUCUGCUUUUCUCCCGUUGGUGAGAAAUUUCGUGCACGAUCUUUGAAGUUUCCUGGUCUUAUAUCUGGCUGUACCAUGGAUUGGUUUACUCAGUGGCCCAAGGAAGCCCUUGUGGCUGUAUCACAGUAUUUUCUGUCAGGUUUUAAUAUUGUCUGUUCUCCUGAAGUCAAAGCACAUGUGGUAGAAACUAUGGGCAUCUUUCAUGAUCUAGUUUCAGAAAGCUGUGACAAUUAUUUUCAAAGAUAUCGACGAAGAGCUCAUGUCACCCCCAAAUCUUAUCUUUCUUUCAUCAAUGGCUACAAAGACGUUUAUGCUGAUAAGCUGUUCAGCAUUAAUGAACAAGCUGAACGUAUGAACAUAGGUCUUUCUAAGCUGAUGGAGGCUAGUGAAUCUGUUGCUAAACUCUCUCAGGACCUGGCAGUAAAAGAGAAGGAAUUGGCUUUGGCUUCUGUAAAAGCAGACAAAGUGCUGGCAGAAGUGACUGUAAGUGCUGAGGCUUCGGCUAAAGUGAAGAAUGAAGUUCAAGGGGUUAAAGACAAAGCACAGAAGAUUGUAGAUGAAAUUGAUUCAGAGAAAAUAGUAGCCGAGGCAAAGUUGGAGGCAGCUAGACCAGCCUUAGAAGAAGCUGAAGCAGCUUUGAAUACCAUUAAACCUGCAGACAUUGCAACAGUUCGAAAACUUGCCAAGCCACCUCAUCUAAUCAUGAGGAUCAUGGAUUGUUGUCUAUUGCUAUUCCAAAAGAAAAUUGACCCAGUUACCACGGAUCCAGAAAGGCCUUGCUUAAAACCAUCUUGGGGUGAAUCAUUGAAACUAAUGAGCGGACCAUUUCUGCAGAGUCUCCAACAGUUUGCCAAGGAUUCUAUCAAUGAAGAGACAGUUGAAUUAUUGCAGCCUUAUUUUCAGAUGGAAGAUUAUACUUUUGAGAAUGGCAAAAAAGUCUGUGGUAAUGUGGCAGGGCUACUUUCUUGGACACUGGCCAUGGCAACAUUUUAUGGCAUAAAUAGAGAUGUAUUGCCUCUUAAGGCUAACUUAGCAAAACAAGAAGGACGCUUGAAAGUAGCCAAUGCAGAAUUAGGAAAGGCACAGGCAUUGCUUGAUGAGAAGCAAGCAGAACUGGACAAAGUACAAGCCAAGUUUGAUGCAGCUAUGCAGGAGAAGAUGGACCUCUUGAAUGAUGCUGAAAUGUGCAGAAGAAAGAUGCAGGCUGCCUCUGCCCUUAUUGAUGGCUUGAGUGGAGAAAAAAUCCGGUGGACUCAACAAAGUAAAGAGUUCCGAGCCCAGAUAAAUAGGCUUGUGGGAGAUGUGUUACUUUGCACAGGCUUCCUUUCCUAUUGUGGCCCUUUUAAUCAGAUAUUCAGGAACCUUUUGCUUAAAGACUUAUGGGAGACGGAGAUGAGAGUACGAAAAAUCCCUUUUACUGAAAAUCUGAAUCUCAUUUCAAUGUUGGUAGAUCCUCCUACGAUUAGUGAGUGGAACCUGCAAGGGCUUCCAGGAGAUGAACUCUCAGUUCAAAAUGGCAUCAUUGUGACAAAAGCCACUAGAUAUCCACUUUUGAUAGAUCCACAAACUCAAGGGAAAACUUGGAUUAAACAGAAAGAAAAGGACAAUGAAUUACAAGUGACAACUUUGAAUCAUAAAUAUUUUCGUACACACCUAGAGGAUGCCCUCUCUCUGGGAAGGCCACUUUUAAUAGAGGAUAUCAGUGAAGAAUUAGAUCCUGCCCUUGAUAAUAUAUUAGAAAAGAACUUCAUUAAAUCAGGAACCUCUUUCAAGGUGAAAGUCGGAGAUAAAGAAGUAGAUAUCAUGAGUACAUUUAAACUUUAUAUUACUACCAAAUUGCCUAAUCCUGCCUUCACUCCUGAGAUUAAUGCUAAAACAUCAGUAAUUGAUUUUACUGUUACAAUGAAAGGACUUGAAAAUCAGUUAUUGAAGAGAGUAAUUCUCACAGAGAAACAGGAACUAGAAGCAGAGAGAGUUAAACUCAUGGAAGAUGUAACUUAUAAUAAGCGGAAAAUGAAAGAACUAGAAGAUAAUCUGCUUUAUAAAUUAACUACAACUAAAGGUUCUUUGGUGGAUGAUGAAUCACUGAUUGGUGUUUUGAGAACCACUAAACAAACAGCUAUGGAGGUAUCUGAAAAACUAGAAGUUGCAGGAGAAACUGAGAAAAAAAUUAACACUGCACAAGAGGAAUAUCGCCCCGCUGCUACACGAGGAAGCAUUCUUUAUUUUCUUAUCACUGAAAUGAGCAUGGUUAACACGAUGUACCAGACAUCCCUAGCCCAGUUCUUAAAACUGUUUGAUCAGUCCAUGGCUAGAUCUGAGAAGUCUCCUAUUCCACAGAAAAGGAUCUCAAACAUUAUUGAGUUCUUGACAUAUGAAACUUUUGCAUAUUCUGUUAGAGGCCUAUAUGAAAACCACAAAUUUCUUUUUACCCUGCUUUUGACAUUAAAAAUUGAUCUUCAGAGGGGCCAGGUCAAACCAAAGGAAUUCCAGGCACUCAUUAAAGGGGGUGCUGCACUGGAUCUAAAAGCUUGUCCUCCCAAACCAUUCCGAUGGAUUCUAGAUAUGACAUGGCUAAAUCUGGUAGAACUGAGCAAACUACCACAGUUUUCAGAAAUUAUGAAUCAGAUAUGUCGUAAUGAGAAAGGAUGGAAAAAUUGGUUCGAUAAAGAUGCUCCAGAGGAAGAAACUAUUCCUGAUGGAUAUACUGAUUCACUAGAUACCUGUCGCAAACUGUUGCUUAUCAGGUCUUGGUGCCCAGACCGCACAGUUUCUCAGGCCAGGAAGUAUAUUGCAGAUUCAUUGAAUGAGAAGUAUACAGAGCCCGUCAUUUUAAAUUUGGAGAAAACAUGGGAGGAAAGUGAUAGAAGAACACCUCUCAUUUGUUUCUUGUCUAUGGGAUCUGACCCAACUAUCCAAAUUGAUGCAUUGGCCAGAAAACUUAAACUGGAAAACAGAGCUAUAUCCAUGGGUCAGGGACAAGAAGUUCAUGCACGAAAACUAAUUCAGAUGUCAAUGGUACAGGGUGGCUGGGUGUUACUUCAGAAUUGUCAUCUAGGUCUAGAAUUUAUGGAAGAACUUUUGGAAACAUUGAUGACUGCUGAUAUUCCUGAUGAGACCUUCCGAGUUUGGAUAACCACUGAACCACAUGAUAAAUUUCCAAUCACUUUGCUGCAGACUUCAAUAAAAUUCACCAAUGAACCUCCACAAGGAGUACGAGCUGGUUUGAAGAGAACGUUUUCUGGGAUAAAUCAAGAUCUGCUUGAUGUCAGCAAUAUGCCUAUGUGGAAACCUCUUCUUUACACAGUUGCCUUCUUACACUCUACUGUUCAGGAAAGGCGAAAAUUUGGUCCUUUGGGCUGGAAUAUUCCCUAUGAAUUCAAUUCUGCAGACUUCACAGCCAGUGUUCAAUUUAUACAGAAUCAUUUGGAUGAAUGUGACAUUAAGAAAGGAAUAUCUUGGAGCACAGUCCGAUACAUGAUUGGAGAAGUACAGUAUGGAGGCAGAGUCACUGAUGAUUAUGAUAAGCGUCUUCUUAACUGCUUUGCAAGGGUCUGGUUCAGUGAGAAGAUGUUUGAAAAUACUUUCUGUUUUUAUUCUGGAUAUAAAAUCCCAAUCUGCAAAACUCUUGAUCAAUAUCAUGAGUACAUUUCAACUCUCCCUUCCAUGGAUAGUCCUGAAGUCUUUGGUCUCCACCCUAAUGCAGACAUAACAUAUCAGAGUAACACAGCAGCUGAUGUCUUGAACACUAUUACCAAUAUUCAACCAAAAGAAAGUGGAGGUGGAGUAGGAGAAACUCGAGAAGCUAUUGUGUAUAGAUCAGCUGAAGAUAUGCUUGAGAAACUGCCCCCUGAUUAUGUACCCCAUGAGGUAAAAGCUCGUUUAAUUAAAAUGGGCCAUCUUAAUUCUAUGAAUAUUUUUCUUCGCCAAGAAAUUGACCGGAUGCAGAAAGUUAUCAAAAUAGUCCGAAACAGCCUCCUUGACCUUAAACUAGCCAUAGAAGGAACUAUUAUUAUGAGUGAGAACCUAAGAGAUGCUCUUGAUAACAUGUACGAUGCUCGAAUCCCUCAGCUUUGGAAGCGUGUAUCAUGGGAUUCUUCCACCCUGGGAUUCUGGUUUACUGAACUUUUAGAGAGAAAUGCCCAGUUCCGCACUUGGAUCUUUGAAGGAAGGCCACAUGUGUUUUGGAUGACUGGAUUUUUUAAUCCUCAAGGCUUUCUAACAGCUAUGAGGCAAGAAGUUACAAGAGCACAUAAAGGCUGGGCUUUGGAUACAGUGACUAUACAUAAUGAAGUGCUGAAACAAAUCAAAGAAGAAAUCACUGCAGCCCCUCCUGAAGGGGUAUAUAUUUAUGGAUUAUACUUGGAUGGAGCCGGAUGGGAUAGACGUAAUAAUAAGCUCACUGAAUCUACAGCAAAGAUUCUUUUCACUUUACUUCCUGUUGUACAUAUAUUUGCAAUAAACACAACAGGCCCAAGAGAUCCUAAGCUUUAUGUUUGUCCCAUUUAUAAGAAGCCAAGAAGAACAGAUUUGACUUAUAUCACUGCCAUCUACCUAAGAACAACUGUAUCUCCUGAUCAUUGGAUACUGAGAGGAGUAGCUCUUCUGUGUGAUAUUAAAUAA